AUGUACUCUGACGUUGCGUGGCCCGUUGAAGGAGCUGUGCCCGACCAUCGAAUGGAUGUCUUUGCUCACUCGGGAGAGCUGGGAAACUAUCUUCGCGUAUACGCGAAGCGGUACGUGCACGACGAAGACAGCUGCUCUGUCCAAGGACACGAAAAGGAGGAGGACUUCGAGUAUCUCAUCGUCGCCACAGGUUUCUUCUCAACGCCACCGCUCCCCGGUCUCACUGACACUUGCAUUCCUACCCUCCACGCCGCAAACUUUAAAGACCCCGGUGUCUGCAAGGGCAAGGCAGUCGCGGUGGUAGGCGCAUCCCUGUCUGCCAUCGAAAUUGCGGCCGCGCUUGCGCCGUUCGCUGCGACCGUUCACCACAUAGCAACGAAGCCGUUCUACUCGUUACCACCCUAUCUCCCUGUCUCGUCAUUGGAUGUCGGAAGGCCGCAGUUCCUACCCAUGGACCUCAUCUUCUACCGUCGCUCAACCAGGUCCGACAUGGACGAGCAGAUAGGCUCCACUUCGGAAACGAACAGGGAGAAACACGACAUGGCUAUUUAA